GUUUUGUUUUUGUUUUUUUAGUUGCAUUUACUGUCAUUAAGUUGUUUCUGUGUUGGAAAAUAAAUAAUAUUAAUUUUUUCAGAACAUUUUCAGAGCAGUUCAGAUCAGUGCACUCAAGCCACAGCUGCUGUCGUUUUACACAGACCAGCACAUUCUGGACAGAGAGGAAGUGGUGAGGUGCUUUUACAUGAAUCACACAGAGUCUGUGAAAAAAAAAAAAAAAAAAAAAAACCUAAACACUAUAAAUACCCGAGUGUUUCUUCAACCCAGUGAACUGCUGAGGAAAACACUGAGACAGCGACGAUGACAACACCACCGCUGCUGAUGCUGAUGCUGAUGCUGCUGCUGAUGCUCUUCACCCUCAGUCCUCGCUCCUCUGCUGGACCGGUGCCGUCGGAGGACCUGGACGACUGGCUGUUGGCCGAGAAAUACCUUCGGCACUUUUACGAUCUGCCAGUAGGUCUGCAGGGCAGACGAGGCGAACCGUCAGGUCACUUCACGGCCAAAAUCAAGGAAAUGCAGAGGUUCUUCAAACUGAAGGUGACAGGUAAUUUGGAUGAAAACACCCUGGAUCUGAUGAAGGAGCCCAGAUGUGGGGUCCCAGACGUUGGGGAGUACAACCACUUCCCUCGAGACCUCAAAUGGCAAACCAACGACGUCACAUUCAGGAUCGUAAAUUACACACCGGAUCUGGAGAAAUCCGACGUGGACAGAGCCAUCCGCAGGGCACUAAAUGUCUGGUCUGAUGUCACACCUCUGACCUUCAAGAAGCUGCACAAGGGAAUCGCUGACAUCAUGAUCAGCUUCGGAUCCAGAGAGCACGGAGACCACAACCCCUUUGACGGUCCUGACGGACUGCUGGCCCACGCCUACCCCCCCGGAGAAGGCAUCGGCGGAGACACUCACUUCGACGAGGACGAACAUUGGUCCAAGGAUUCAUCAACCUACAACCUGUUCAUCGUGGCAGCCCACGAGUUGGGACACGCUCUCGGCAUGUCGCACUCCACAGAGCCGAGUGCACUGAUGUACCCCGUGUACUCCUACUCCACGGGCUACCCGCUGUCGGAAGACGACGUCGAGGGCAUUCAAGCUCUUUAUGGUCCAAACCCCAACAGCAGGAAAGUAAAACCAAAGCCUGACGCCCCGGACAAGUGUGACCCCAUGUUGACCUUUGACGCGGCCACAGAGCUCCGAGGGGAGACCCUCGUCUUUAAGGACAGAUUCUACUGGCGUCUCCAUCCUCAGAUACCGGAGCCUGAGCAGGUCCUGAUCAAGUCCACGUGGCCUUCAAUCCCUAACAAGGUGGACGCAGCCUAUGAGAACCCAGAGAAGGACCUGGUCAUCAUAUUCAGUGGUAUCAAAAUGUGGGCUCUGAAUGGAUACAACCUGGUGGACGGUUACCCCAAGUACAUCCACAGACUGGGCCUCCCCAAGAGCAUCAGGAAAAUCGACGCAGCCGUUCACAUCGGAGACACGGGGAAAACGCUGCUCUUCACUGACGAAGAGUACUGGAGUUACGAUGAAGCGACAGGAACCAUGGACAGAGGCUACCCACGCUCCAUUGAGAAGGAUUUCCCUGGGAUGAAUGAUGAGGUCGACGCUGCCGUCUAUCACUACGGAUUCUUAUACUUCUUCCACGAACACGUUCAGUACGAGUACAGCUACAACUCCAGGAAGGUCAUGCGCAUCCUCAGGACCAACUCCAUACUCAACUGCUGAUUGGACAGAAAUGUGUGUAAAUAUCUAAGGCCCAAAAAAAAUUAAAAAA